AUGGCGACUAUCGACUUGGCUUUUGCAUCGAAGAUGGUCUUCGUGACGCAGAUUCACUUCUGCUGCAUGUACGCCGUUUGCGUUUGGGAUUGGCUCCUGAGCCUCAAGAAAGAGUAUCGCCUGAUUUGGAAGUCCCAAUGGACCGUUGUGAAGGGAUUGUACCUCUUCACCAGGUAUUGGGUGCUUGUCAUCCUUCCAUACGUCCUCUGGUGUUACUGUGUCGAUCAUGACCAGAAUACAUGCAAUCACGUUUACAAGUCACCGGUGGCUCUCGCCAUGUGGAACCAAGCGGGAGCAGAGGCGAUUCUCCUCGUUCGCACCUACGCUUACUACAAUCGCAACAAAUACGUCCUUGCCGUUCUCAGCUGUAUGCUUUCGACGGUCCUCGCAUACCAACUUUGGGUAGAUAUCCGGGCGAUGUUACCUCUUCCAUUCUUGAACGGUGUGAGCGGCCCUUGCUUGCCCAUGCCCAUUCCUGGUCAAGCCCAUCUUCUUGGCUUCUUCGUGGCACCUCUCAUCUUCGACACCAUCAUCACCGCUGCGACUCUGGGCAAGGCCUUCAUCAUGCGGAAGCGCAAUGGUCCCUCCAGCCACAUUGUCCAGACUUUCUUGAAGGAGGGCCUGUUUUACUUCGUCCUGAUCUCCUGCGCGAACUUGCUCAACGGCAUCUUCUACUUCCAAAGGCGCACAGAGAUGUCGGCGAUCAUGAUUCCGUUGAGCAUCAUGCUUAGUCCUCUCCUUGCCUGCCGCUUGAUUCUGGACAUUCGCGCGCGCGCCAGUGAUCGCUCUGUAUACCUUUCUGGAGGACAGUCUUCGGGCCCACGUCUCGGCGGACGCCCUCCGGUCGCUACUCCGAAUGGUAUCAGCGAGUUCGCUAUCUCGGCUGGAGGCGUACAAACGCAAGACCAUUCCUCCGGUGGUAUUGAACUCGGCUCGUUGUCAGUCCAUGAGGAUCCGGACUACAAGGGCGAGUCUCCCAUCGGCACGGGCACCUACCCCGUUCAGCUCCCGUACGGUCAGCAUCCUACCGGAGGUAUCCGCGUUGAUGUGGAGAAGGGUGUGGUCAUCCGAUGA